AACUUACACAUCAGUUGUCGAGUAAACGUUUAGCCGUUCAGCUUGUUUUGGUAUUAACCGCGGCGACACUGUAAUUACGAUUUCGCGAGUGAUUUUUUUUUUGUCUAUCAGUGCCGAAAUAAUUUUUUUGUGUGUAUACAAUUUUUGCGUCAGAUUGGAUAAACUGUAGGAAAAAAUAUUUAGAAUUAAGAAAAACUCGUGUGGUUGGCAUUAAUGCAUUUUCUGAAGCAUGGUGAAUUUAAACGGCGGGGUAGUCUGGUGCUACAGAGACAAUAGAUGGAUCCCUCUUCAAUUAUCUUCCAUUCGACUCCAUGGAGUCCUCACGCAGGCCCAUUGGGCCACCAUCUCCGACUUUAUCAGGAAAGUCGCCAACAAAGAACUCAUCCUUCAAGAAAACGGAUUCGCCGAACUCACAGAAAAACACAAAGAACUCAUGUUCCAAGAGAAUAAAAACGUAGUUAGUGAAAAUGUGAUAACAGUUAGUGAAAACACGAACGAACGAAAAGUUAGCUUAAGUCAAAUUCCCGAAGAUAAAAUAGUCGAACAACCUCGAAGGCCUUCGAUGCCCGAAUUGAGAUCCUUAGAAAAAGAUAAUUUAUUUAUUGAUAAUUUAUUAAAGCCGCCGACUGAUCUAAAGACUGAUAAAUUAUCUAAAGAAAAUGACGAAAUAGUUCUUAGGUUAUUGAAGAAAUAUUGCAAAUACAGCAAAGACGCCUUAGACAAUGAGAUAGUUUCCGCUAUCGAGAAGAUCUCAGACGAAGACAUUCCUCGAAAAAAUAAUCGAAUAGAAACAAAAACCGAAGAAGAAUUCAAACCGAGACGAAGAAAAUUAGGAUACGUACCGACUGAAGACAAAAUUUACGAAAAUUUAGAUUCUCCUUUCGAUACGUUAGAAGAAGAUAAGAACGAGCACGUCAUCCGCUGGUUAAAACAACAAAACAACCAAAUCAGUUUCGACAACAUUCCAACUAGAAGGCAUUCCGUUGAAAUCGGUAUCUCGUCACCUACCGAUAGUAGAAAGAGCAGCAUAUUAGAACGAAAAUCCUCAUCUUCGGGAUUUGAAUCGAGAAAAUCGAGCAUAACAACGCCUUCGACUCCGGAAAGUAGAAAAUCUUCUUGGUGCGAUAGUACUUUGAACAGUAGGAAAAGUAGUGUCGGUUCCACUAGCAGUUGUUCGGAAUGUGAUGAAGGGGAGGGUUUAACUCAAUGGCAACGUUUCUUAAAGAAACAUCUGAGUUCCAAGAAUUCCGAGAAGAGGUUGAAGAAACAGCGACAAGCUUGGAGCAGAAAUAGACGAAAGUUAAGUGCUUCAACAGAUAUCCAACAUACCGAUCUUAACAGCCAACCAUGGUAUUUCCGGAAGAUUAAACGUAUAGAAGCCGAAAAAAAAUUAUUACUUCCUGAAAACGAGCAUGGUGCCUUCCUCAUUCGAGAUUCAGAGAGUCGACACAACGACUACUCAUUGUCAGUACGAGACGGUGAUACCGUUAAACAUUAUAGAAUAAGACAAUUAGACGAAGGUGGAUUCUUCAUAGCACGAAGAACAACGUAUCGUACUCUACAAGAAUUGGUUCAACAUUAUAGCAAAGACGCUGACGGUUUAUGUGUCAAUUUAUGUAAACCUUGUGUUCAGGUGGAAAAACCACAACCGGAAGGUCUGUCUCAUCGCACAAAAGACCAAUGGGAAAUCGAACGUACCUCUUUGAAAUUCAUCAGGAAAUUGGGUCACGGUCAAUUCGGAGAAGUAUGGGAAGGCAUGUGGAACAACACAACGCCCGUCGCUAUCAAAACCUUGAAACCGGGCAGUAUGGAUCCCAAAGAUUUCCUCGCCGAAGCUCAAAUUAUGAAAAAAUUGAGGCAUCCCAAAUUGAUACAAUUGUACGCUGUGUGUACAGUUGAAGAACCCAUUUAUAUAAUCACCGAAUUAAUGAGAAACGGUUCGUUAUUAGAAUAUUUACAAGGUAAAGGAAAGGGAUUGAAAUUACCUCAAUUGAUAGAUAUGGCGGCACAGAUUGCAGCCGGAAUGGCCUAUUUGGAAUCUCAAAAUUACAUACAUAGAGAUUUGGCUGCGAGAAACGUCCUAGUAGCUGACAGCAACGUCGUUAAAAUAGCAGAUUUCGGUCUGGCCAGAUUAAUUAAGGAGGAUGAAUACGAAGCUAGAGUAGGAGCCAGAUUCCCCAUCAAAUGGACAGCUCCAGAAGCUGCAAAUUACAGCAAAUUUUCGAUCAAAUCAGACGUUUGGUCAUUCGGUAUUCUACUAACCGAACUAGUAACUUACGGAAGAAUACCAUAUCCAGGUCUGACUAACGCAGAAGUUUUACAUCAAGUAGAACACGGUUACAGAAUGCCCGCUCCUCCUGGUUGUCCACCAGCUUUGUAUGAAAUAAUGUUGGAAUGUUGGAACCGCGAUUGUAUGCGCAGACCCACAUUCGAAACCCUACAAUGGAAACUGGAAGACUUCUUCACCAUGGAGGGAUCUGAAUAUAAAGAAGCAUCGGCGUACUGAGGUCACGUCCACCCCCCUGCUGAUUGGUUACGUAACUCCAUAGAGGUACAUUACCAUUAAUAGGGUGGUGGAUAUAUAUAUCUAUUUAUCAAUACAAUUUAUAGAUAGAUAUGUGUGCCGUACUUCUGUUUUUUUUUUAUAUAUAUAUAUAUUUUCGUUUGAUUCGUAAGUUGAAAUUUUUUUAAACACGUUGACUGGUCGGUGGAGUUGUUUGUCUUUUAUCUGCAGUAUUCGAUUAUUUAAUUAGGACCCUAAUUGAAUCAAACACAAAAUACCGUUGGGUACGUUUAAAAUUGCAUCUAACAGCUUUUAAUGCCAAAAAAUGGGGUUGGUAUUGCAGAUAGUUCAAAUAACGACGUUAAGUUUAUCUAAUAAUUGUAUAAAACGAACAAACUGAGUGUUUUAAAUCAUGAUAACAAUAAAUGAAAAAUAAAAAGCAAUAAUUUAUCCGUAACUUGAUUAUAACAAAUUUUUUUUUUACAAAAAUUAAACCGAAAUACAAAAA